AAAAAGGCAAUUUAGCCUCCAUAUUCCCCCCAAAGGUUCUCCUCACUGGGGAAAUAGAUAGAAAUGGCAGACAGGUGGAAGAACACUGCUCUGCUCGUCAUCGACAUGCAGAAAGAUUUCAUACGAGAGGGUUCUGUGAUGCAAGUGAAAGGCGGGAAAGCCAUUGUUCCUAAUGUUAUUAGAACCGUUGAGCUCGCAAGGCGGCGUGGCGUUCUCGUAAUUUGGGUUGUUCGAGAACACGACCCUCGAGGCAGAGACGUUGAACUAUUCCGGCGACACUUAUACACUCCUGGGAAAGUCGGGCCAACCGUUAAGGAUACUUCGGGUGCGGAGCUUGAGGACGGUUUGAUCAUCAAAGAAGGUGACUACAAGAUAGUGAAAACUCGUUUCAGCGCAUUCUUCGCUACCCAUCUCCAUUCAUUCCUUCAAACUUCCGGGGUUAACAAGUUGGUGAUCGCUGGAGUUCAAACACCGAACUGCAUACGGGCAACGGCUUUUGACGCGGUGGCAAUGGAUUACCCGUCUGUGACUGUGAUUGUCGACACCACUGCUGCUUCAACACCUGAGAUUCAUGCCGCCAAUAUUCUGGACAUGAAGAAUGUCGGCAUCGCAACUCCUACACUACAAGAAUGGUCCGAAGAUGAUGAUUUCUGAUGGCAAGAAAUCAGGUGAAACCCUUCCCUUCUUAUGUCCUAAAGCAUUUUGUGUAUGCAUUGUGAUCUUUUGUUUGCCAUUAUUAAAAACCCUAAUGUAAGAUUACAAGGAAUGAAUGAUAAAUUCGUAAAUAUGAAUAAUUUGAGUGGUGUUUUUGCAA